AUGUCUCGAUCUAACCUGGACUGUGGUUCCACAGUUGCCACCUCUACCGCAGUGGUAUACGAUUGGGCGCUAACAUUCGGACAAGAGGUUGAACUGGUCUGGGUAAGCAGAGUCCCAUCGCCAUCACCAUCAAAAGAAGAAGAGGAUGAUACUAUUUUCGAGGCAGAUGCAACGCUGGUCCCUCAUGACGGUUCUGUAUCUCAUUACGCGCUAUGCUGGGAUAUCAUUUAUCAUUGUUUCCAUUAUGUUGGAUCUUCUACCAAUCUCGUUGACGGAUGCAGCGGUAUUCUGUACUCUGCAUUAAAUUGGAUAAAUGUAAUCACAGCCGUCGUGCUGAAUGUCAUCAUGAUUGCUCGGUUAUAUGCCAUGUAUCAGGGAUCUAGAAAGAUGCUUAUAUUUCUCAUCGUUAGCUUCCUGGCUAUCAACAUUGCCUGCAUAGUGAUGACUGCAAUAGGGCUCAAGUAUAUUGGAUCGGAGGAGUAUGUUCUCUCCGGUGCCUAUAUGUGCGCCUAUACCGAGGCGGGAGACGCUGCACUUCUGAGUAGAAUGGUUUGGACACUCACCCUUAUAUGGGAGGUCCUCGCACUGUGUCUUGCGGUCUGGAUUGCUGUGAAACACAUCUGCGGUCUGCAACAACUUGGACAAUCGACAGGGUUGACCAUCGGGGACGUUUUCACAGUGUUGAUGAAAUCUCAUGUGCUUUACUUUGCAAGCUUUACUGUUGUUGCUGCUCUCCAGCUUGGCGGGUUCUCUCCAUUAAUUGAGUCAGGUUCCGUGGGAGCCGAGAUAUAUGCUGCUUUUCUUCAGGUUUUUUCGGUCUUGCAGAUGUUUGUGCUGGGACCGCGCCUCAUCCUUAGCGUUCGGGAAUUUCACGCUAAGCUCGUGGCCGACUCCGACGCAGCAACUGGCAUGACUUCAAUUGUCUUCGAGGAGCGCGUACACGUGUCAACUAGCAAUGGUGUGUAG